CGCGGGCUUAGUCCGGCUCGCAUCUUCCUACACCGCUGAGGCCGGAGUCUGUCGGGAGCGCAGCGGCGCGGCGGGGCGGGAGCGGGGGCCGAGCCUGGAGACCCGCGGCCUCCGGCGCCUUUACGCCCACUCGGAGUGGAUAGUGCUGUGAGGUGCCUCGCGGGCCGCCUCGGCUGGAUCUGCGGGUAACGGGCUGGGACUGCGUGUGCCCUCGGGAGGCGUCUGUGCGGGGCGUCCCGCCCAGGGGCAGCGGCUGGGAUCGUCUGGGUUGCCGGUUUCUCCCCGCUGUGGGAUGGGUUGGAUGAUGUAACUGGCUCUCCAGGACGCCCCACUUGGCUGUGACUUCAGGAAGGCCUUUCAACCCAGUCUCAUUUCAGAGCCACUUCUAGAAGCUCCUUGAGAAAAAUGAUGUGACAGAUCCUAUCAGAAAGGAUAUUCGGAGCUUAACAUCAGCGAAGAAAGUGGCCCUUUUCCCUUUUGCAAAGUAGACCUUCUCCAACUCCAAAAUGCCCGCCAAGACCCCAAUUUACCUGAAAGCUGCCAAUAACAAGAAAGGAAAGAAAUUUAAACUGAGGGACAUCCUGUCCCCCGACAUGAUUAGUCCUCCUCUGGGAGACUUUCGCCACACCAUUCACAUCGGCAAAGAGGGCCAGCACGACGUCUUUGGAGAUAUUUCUUUCCUCCAGGGGAACUACGAGCUUUUGCCUGGAAACCAGGAGAAGGCCCGCAUGGGCCAGCUGCCCGGGCAUGGCGAGUUCUUCCGGGCCAACAGCACGUCCGACUCCAUGUUCACAGAAACGCCCUCCCCGGUGCUCAAAAACGCCAUCUCCCUCCCGACCAUCGGAGGCUCCCAGGCGCUCAUGCUGCCCUUACUGUCACCGGUGACGUUUAACUCCAAGCAGGAGUCCUUCGGGCCGGCCAAGCUGCCCCGGCUUAGCUGUGAGCCCGUCGUGGAGGAGAAGGCCCCGGAGAAGAGCAGUCUGUUAGAGAACGGGACAGGCCACCAGGGAGACGUGUCGUGGGGCUCCAGUGGGUCCGCGUCGCAGUCCAGCCAGGGCAGGGACAGCCACUCCUCCAGCCUCUCCGAACAGUACCCCGACUGGCCGGCCGAGGACAUGUAUGACCAGCCUGCCCCGUGCGAGCUCGUCAAAGACAAGACUAAAUCAGAGGAGUCCCUCUCCGAUCUCACGGGGUCCCUCCUCUCCCUGCAGCUCGAUCUGGGGCCCUCGUUUUUGGAUGAGGUGCUGAAUGUCAUGGAUAAAAAUAAGUAACAGACACCACCAGCUCUUGUCCUCGGGGGUAAAACGUAUCAUCAAAAAAUAAGAACUAAACCAACCACAGUCGGAGAGAAGAGCUUCACUGGCUAUGUUUGCCACUGUGUGAUAGGUUUUCUAAAAUAAUGUUCCUACAAAGUAUUUUUUGUACCUGUUAUGCCCUGUUUGCAAAAACAAAACAAUAACAACAAAAACUGUCCUGGCGAAAAGGAAGUGAGUCAGUCAGAACCCAUUUUUUUUCGGUGGGUAUUGCUGACGUUCAGCUCACGUUUUUUUGCUUCCAGACACGUUAAGAAAUCUGGCCCGGCCAAGAUUGGCACUAGCUCGAAGGGCUGCACAAGUCACAUUAAAGAACUUCACAGUACUCUAGCGUUUCCUGGGCAAGAAGAAGUCAAAGUUUAUUUAACACCUAAGCCUUUUUUCUAGACUCUUUUCUAUAUUACAUCAUUUGGGCUCGCCAUAGCAAAUUCUUCAGUGUUAAAACUAUUCUCUGUUUUCACAUUUGAACAACUUUAUGGGUUUGGGGGAUUUUCUUGUAGCUCUUAUAUAUCCCUAUAUAUUAUAUCUAUAUCGCGAAAUUUUGACUGUCCGCUACAUGUUGGUAAGACACAAGCAAAGUAUUACUGUAACUAAGUUAUUUUUAAAGUUAAAAUAUAUUUUUAUGUGCCUUUGGCUUUUUAUUGCAGAGUCUACAUUUUAUAGAUAUCACAUCAAAUGUUGUCAUUUGACUUGUUUCCAUUUGGGGUCCCAUUGUAAGCUGCGUAUGUAUAUGUUUGGAAAAGUGUAUUCAUAUUUAGCUUUAUCUCUUUUUCUUCAUCUGUUAAUCAUACUUUUCACAGCAACCAACAAUGGAUUGUAAAGUAUAAAGGCACAGGUUACUCAAGAUGCUUCUGCAGAGACUGUGGGCUACACCAUAUAAUGUUAUUUGGAAAUAUAGGUAUUUUAGUACAGUACAUACUUGCAUUACAUAGGUACUUCAUGCAACAUAAUAAAGAGUAAAUGUUAAAAUGAA